AUGUCCUUCGUGGUCGCUGCAGACAAAGGCAAGGGUCUUCUUGCGCAGGCCAACAACGUCAAGGUUGCUGUUGCCGUGGCGCUUUUUGCCCCCAAGGUGGACUUUGCCAGAUCAGAUGACUCAUCUCUCCAGCUCAAGGACCCCAAGUCCGGCUUUGAGCUCGUGGAGCCCAACGCCAUCGUCAAGUACGUUCUGGGCGACUUUGCCAGUGACAAAAAUACCGAAAUCGAGGAGUCUGAGGUCUACCAGGCUUUCAAGAGCGGUAAAAAGGACCAGGCUGUGGAUGCCUUGAAGAAGCUCCAGACCCCAGACUCCAAGCAGUCCAGCGCUAACAUCAUCGUUUUCGGUGCUGUGUACCCAUUUGUUAAGGAGUUGGAGGGCUCCGACCUCGGCUCCUGGGCGGCUGAAUUUGCUAAGGACCCCAAGAUCGCUGAGGCUCUUACUAAAGCUAAAUCUGCUACUUCCACCGAGAGAAGUGUGGCAGCUGCUACUGGUGCCACCAAAGUGAAGACUGGCUUUUUGGUUAAGGAACAAGGAAACAGCAUCCAGCCCAAGGAGAACGAGAGAAACAUUCUUAUCACUUCUGCUCUUCCAUACGUCAACAACGUUCCUCAUUUGGGUAAUGUCGUGGGCUCUGUGCUUUCUGCUGAUAUUUAUGCCCGUUAUGCUAAAAACAGAAACUACAACGCUCUUUUCAUUUGUGGUACCGACGAGUACGGUACUGCCACCGAGACCAAGGCUCUCGAGGAUAAGGUGACCCCACAGCAGCUUUGUGACAAGUACCACAAGUUGCACAAGGAGGUGUACGACUGGUUUGACAUCGAGUUUGACCACUUUGGCCGUACCACCACCCCAUUGCAAACAGAGAUUGCCCAAGACAUUUUCUUGAAGUUGCACCAGAACGGCUUCUUGGAGGAACAGACCACCGAGCAGUUGUACUGUCCUGUUCACAAGGCGUUUUUGGCUGACAGAUUCGUCGAAGGUACCUGUCCAAAGUGUGCCUACGAGGACGCUCGUGGUGACCAGUGUGACAAGUGUGGUGGUUUGUUGAACCCAUUGGAGUUGAUCAACCCUCGCUGUAAGCUCGACAAUGCUACUCCAGAUGUCAGAGAGUCCACUCACAUUUACCUCAAAUUGAACGAGUUGGAGCCUGAACUUAAGAAGUGGGUUACGGAGGCCUCCGAGAAGGGCGACUGGUCCAAGAACUCCAAGACCAUCACUAACUCCUGGUUGAAGCAGGGCUUGGAGCCAAGAUGUAUCACUCGUGACUUGGUCUGGGGUACUCCUGUUCCAUUGGAGGGCUACGGUGAAAAGGUGCUUUAUGUCUGGUUUGACGCCUGUAUUGGUUAUGUUUCCAUCACCGCCAACUACUUCAAGGAAAAGGCUGAGCCUAAGGCCUGGGAGAAGUGGUGGAAGAACCCAGAGAACGUUGAACUUUACCAGUUCAUGGGUAAGGACAACGUGCCGUUCCACACUGUGGUUUUCCCAGCCUCUGAGAUUGGUACCAGAGAGAAGUGGACCAAGUUGCACCACUUGAACACCACAGAGUACUUGCAGUACGAGGACGGCAAAUUCUCCAAGUCUCGUGGUGUGGGUGUUUUCGGCAACAACGCCAAGGACACUGGCAUCUCGCCAUCUGUCUGGAGAUAUUACUUGGCCUCGGUGAGACCAGAGACCUCGGACUCUCACUUCUCCUGGAAGGAGUUUGUCACGAAGAACAACUCGGAGCUUUUGGCCAACUUGGGUAACUUCGUCAACAGAUUAGUCAAGUUCACCAUCGCCAAGUACAACGGUGUGAUCCCCGAGUUUGACCCCAAGAACAUCCCCAACUACCAGGCUUUCGCAGACGAUGUCAACUCGUUGUUGGCUCAGUACAUCGAGGCCAUGGAGGCUGUCAGCAUCAGAAGAGGUUUGGAGUUGGCCAUGGCUAUUUCGUCCAGAGGUAACCAGUUCUUGCAGGACAACAAGUUGGACAACUCUCUUUUCAACGACUCUCCAGAUGUGUCGGAUGCCGUUGUCGGUGUUGGAUUGAACUUGAUCUACCUUGUUUCUGCCAUUAUCUGUCCAUUCAUGCCAGAGACCAGAAACCAGAUCCUGGAGACCUUGGCUGCUCCACCAUUGUCUAUCACAGACAAGUUUGAGCUUGUUUUGGAGCCAGGCCACAAUAUUGGCAAGGCCCAGUACUUGUUCAAGAGAAUCGACGAGAAGAAGAUAGACGAGUGGAAGGCCUUGUACGGAGGAAAGCAACAGAAAUAG